GGACUUUAGACGAUAACGAGAUAGACAGAGAUUACGUCAGGCAUUCUCGGAUCACACCCAGAUCAACAAACGCACGGCUAAGAAGUAAGAGAAGGAAACAGCAAACGGGGGGGAGAAAACCACAAUGGCCAAGUUUCUUACCCAAAAUGAAAUCCAGGAAUUCAGAGAAUGUUUCUCCCUGUACGACAAGAAGCGGAAAGGCAAGAUCUGUUCUGGGGACCUGAUCACGGUGUUGCGAUGCCUGGGGACCAGCCCCACUCCCGGCGAGGUGCGGAGACAUUUGCUGCACCAUAACAUAGAACGUGGUGGUGAGCUGGAUUUCUCAACCUUCCUCACCAUCAUCCACCAGCAACAGCAGCAAGAGGACCCCGAGAGAGAGAUUCUGGACGCCAUGUUAAUGGCAGACAAGGAGAAAGCAGGCUUUAUAACCGCCGCCGAGCUGCGGGCCAAGCUGACGCAGAUGGGAGAGAAACUGACCAACAGGGAAGUUGAUGAGCUGUUGCAGGAAGCCAACAUUUCCCCGAAUGGAAUAGUGAAAUACAAGGACUUCAUCCGGACAAUCCUUCUGCCACUACCAGAUUACUGAAUUUCCGCCGAACCCUACUCAUCUCCUCGUCAUUUCUCCGCUCGUCCGUUUGCUGUCUGACUGUGGAUUAGUUCCCUCUCCAACAUGAGAACUUCCUAAAUUCACCUUUGAAUCCACUUUCUUCCCCAUCAACUGCCCUGCUGUCUGGUGAACAUCCGAGAUCUCUGUCCUUCUUUGACCUGCGUGGAGAUGAUAGGGAUGUUGUGAGGGGGAGGGUGUUGCAAUAAAAUGGCAUUCGUCUAGGAUGAGUCUAAAUGGACGUUUGAUGAUUAGUGGAACAGACUGUUAGCAUUCUUACGACUCAAUGAUUAAUAUCACCACUGCACUCCAUGUUCUGAGCUCAAUGUAUCACUUUGUCCUAUGGCCAGCUAACGGUAAAUAUAUUAUUAAUAAAACAUAAACUGAAA